GAAGUGUCCUGUUCUACAGGUUAUUCUAGAGCCACCUGUAGCUGCUACUACUCUUUUAGCUUUUUGCUCUUUGCUGUACCCGAGUUUGUAGCAAAGUGUUUUACCACAUAAAAUAGUUCCUGUGAAUGAGACGACUGACCUCGGCAGUACAGACUAAAGGCCCUCCUUCAGCAGGUGUGAUAGUGGUUUAGUAACUUGGGUUUGGACUUGGCUAAACGGCACACCCAGCACACAGUUCGGCGGUACAGCCUCGAUGGCGCUGUGAAGCCGAGAACACGGCUAGCCUGAGGCGUACCGGGCUACAGGAUCCUAAAGUCUCCGCAACCUGGCAGUAACAUGGAGCCGCUGAGGAAUGGAGGCCAAAACAGCCCGAAACCUCCGGAUGAUGACCCAUCAGAGAUUUUUCUCCCUUCACCUGAGGGUAAGAAGAUGGAGAAGAAGAACCUGCCAUGCAGAACCAUCAUAGUGAUUGUUGUGGUCAUAUUAGCAGCAGUCCUUGCGCUAACCAUUGGAUUGCUAGUGUGGCACUUCCAUUUAAGGACAGACAGCAGAGUAAAGAAGGUUAUCAGUGGUUCCAUGACGAUCUCCAAUCAGAUAUUCUCAGAUAAUUAUGAGAACUCUAACAGUGAGCAGUUCAAAGAGCUGGCCUUCCGUGUCUCAGAGCAAAUGAAAGUUAUAUACAGUCAUUCCCCAGUACUGUCCAGAUAUUAUGUCAAGUCCAGUGUUCAAGCCUUCAGUGAAUCCAGUGAUAACAAUGUCAUCGCCUACUACCUCUCGGAGUUCAGUGUGCCAGUGACUCAGUCAUCUGCUGUGGAAGAGGCCAUCAACUCCAUUGAGGAAGCUGUGGGGCACAAGCAAGGCCGCAUGAGGUUGAGUCUGGGCCGUAAACCUGGCAACAUCCUGAUUAUUGACAACAUAAUGUCUGGAGAUGUGGAUGUUCGGCUUGUUAAUGCUACUCUUAGACGUUACCAUAAGAAUGCCCACCACUCCCGUAUGGGAGAAAUAGGCACCAUUGAGUCCCCAGGCUUUCCUAAUUCUCACUACCCUCCAAACGUCUAUGUUGAGUGGCAGCUCCGUGCUGACCCUGCUCACAGAAUCAGAUUAGAGUUCACAGUCCUACACCUGGAGAAAGACUGCAACAAUGAUUUCAUCAAAAUAUAUGAUUCUCUAGUCCCUACUGAGAAGCAGGUCAUUGCAGAGAAGUGUGGAUACUACACCCCCAAUGAGCAGCUGAUUUACCUUUCGUCUGGAAAUGUCAUGUUAGUUACACUGGUCACUAACAGAGAGAAGAAUUUUCCAGGGUUCAGGGCGACAUACUCCCAAGUCCCUGUAAAAUCCCAAGAGUGUGGUGGGAAACUAACAGGACUGAAUGGCACAUUUACCUCUCCUGGCUUUCCUUCACGCUAUCCUCCUCAGAUCCAGUGCAUUUGGGACAUUGAGGUUCCAGCAGGAAAGCAUGUCAAAGUGAACUUCAACAAGUUUUCUCUGCAUGACCCAAAACAGAACUCGCACCACUGUACCAAAGACUACUUGGAGAUAAACAACAACAGGAUGUGUGGAGAAAAAUCUACAAACACAGUCCACUCCAGCAGGACCAACCAGAUAAUGGUCAAAUUCUACUCCGACAUGUCCUAUGUGGACCAGGGCUUCUUAGCAGAGUUUAAGGCCUUUGAGCCCAAUGAUCCUUGUCCUGGGAAAUUCCAGUGUGACAAUGAUGUCUGCAUUAACCCUAAGCUGAAGUGUGAUGGCUACGAUGACUGUGGAGACAUGAGUGAUGAGAAGAACUGUGUCUGUGAGGCGUUUCACGUCAAAUGUAGGAAUGGCUUCUGCAAGCCCAAAUUCUGGCACUGUGAUGGGGUGAAUGACUGUGGUGACAACACAGACGAGGAGAACUGCGGACACUGUAAAGCUGGGGAAGUUGCCUGUCGAAAUGGCCGCUGUGUCCCCGAAUACAAGAAGUGUGAUGGCCAUAAUGACUGUGGUGAUGGCACAGAUGAAUCGGAGUGCCCCAAAUCUGUAGUUCUCAGCUGCUCAGAAUACACCUACAAAUGUAAGAAUAACAUGUGCAUUAGUAAGCAGAACCCUCAGUGUGAUGGGGAGCAAGACUGUGAGGACGGUUCAGAUGAAGCAGACUGUGACUGUGGUACGAGACCCUACAUAAGUUCCCGGAUCGUGGGAGGUGAAGAAUCAAGUGAAGGCGAGUGGCCCUGGCAGGUCAGCCUUCACAUGAAAGGUCAGGGUCAUGUGUGUGGAGCCUCUGUAAUCAGCAACCUCUGGCUAGUCACUGCUGCCCAUUGUGUACAAGACACUGAAAAGUUCAUGUAUUCUCAACCGGACCAGUGGGAGGCCUACCUGGGGCUACACACUCAGGGUAAAACCAGUACAUUGACAGUACAGAAGAGUGUGAAGCAGAUCAUCUCACAUCCUGAGUAUGAUCCCAAGACCUAUGAUAAUGAUAUUGCCCUGAUGGAGCUGGACAGCCCAGUUAAUUUCAACCAGAAUAUCUGGCCUAUCUGCCUACCUGCAGCCACACAUGAGUUCCCUGCAGGCCAGGUUGUGUGGAUUACAGGCUGGGGUGCAACCAGAGAAGGUGGAAGUUUAGCAUCAGUGCUGCAGAAAGCAGAGGUCCGCAUCAUCAAUAACACAGUAUGCAGUCAGCUGAUGAAUGAUGAGGUCACUCCACAUAUGAUCUGUGCUGGAGUUCUGGCUGGAGAAGUGGAUGCCUGCCAGGGCGACUCAGGUGGGCCAAUGUCCUCUGUAGACCCAAACAGCGGGCGUUUGUUUCUAGCCGGAGUGGUCAGCUGGGGGGAUGGCUGUGGCCGAAAAAACAGGCCUGGUGUUUACACUCGGGUCACAAAAUAUCGCAGCUGGAUCCGAGAGGGGUCUGGGGUGUAGAGACGUAGGGUGUUUUUUAGGUACAUCUCUAACAUCCUACUCUGAGAGCUUGGCUUGAGACUAGCGAAGGACGCAUACAUGUGUGGAGACUUCAGCACUCAAUCUCUGGGUCCAUUUUAGGUUAUUUAUAACUACAUUGCAACCUAUAUAACAAUAAUCUGUAUUUAAGAGAAUUCAAGUGUGGGCCCACAUGUUAUUGCAAGGGUGCCCAGUCCUAAUCCUGCAAAUCCACCAGCUCCAACACACCUGGCUCUAAUGGUCAGAUACCUCUAAAUGCCUUCAUUACCUGGAUCAAGUGUGUUAGAUUAUUAUUGGAGCUAAAUUCUCCAGGGUGAUGGAUCUCCAAGUUAAAGUUAAUUUCUGUGCUUUGAUUACUCUGAUGAUUUCCCUAAGGUGAGGUUUGUAAAUAUAUUUAAAUCACUUUUUUGUUAGUUGUUUUUGUUUGUAUGCAGUUUUUUAAUAUAUGCAUGUAUGAUUAAAAAAACUGUUUACACAUUUGUUUCUAUUCCUGGAUUAGGCAUGCCAAAAGAAAAGAAAUUAUCUGUGGUCUUUAUCAACAGGCCUAAAUUGAAAUAGAAGGAAAGUAUUUAGAACCACUUAGUGUUUUCUUGUUAUUAAUGUGCAUUAUUUAUACAUAUGAGGUCAAUCAUUACACCAGCCAAUUUAUGUAUACCUUUUAUUUUCCAUUUUUUUGGAAAUUUUCCCCCCCAUUAUUGCUGGUGCAAUAAUGGAUGUUAUAAAGAAGCAUUUCCUCAGGGAGUUUUAAAAGUGGUAUGAAUGUUUCUUAGAAAACGUGUGUAGAUGUUAUAAAUAUAGGGGGGAUUCGGUUAAACUAUUGCAUUUAUGUCCAUCCAUCCAUCCAUUUUCUAAGCCGCUUCUCCGUCAGGGUAGCGGGGGGAUGCUCGAGCCUAUCCCAGCAGUCUUCGGGCGGAAGGC